AUGGCGCAACCACCAAACUACCAGACGAAUCCCUUUUUCAACCACAACUACAACGACUCUGUCCCCCCACCGAGCUACGAUGACUCGCAGCAAGCCGUGGCAACAUCAUCAACACCAUCCAUGAGACAGGUCGCACCAAAUGCAUCAAAUCCAUCCAUCCAGCACCCAACAUCCACACCAGGAGAUCCUCCACCCUACCACAACUGGCAAGAAGCGGUCCCCGAUACCGCCGUCUUCCCACCACCUCCCAUCUCCGGCUACUACAGCUCUGGGACGGGAAACGCCUCGGCUGAUGAUGCUCAGCGCGCCCAUGACUUUUGCGAUCAUACUCCGCUCUGGCAGCCCGCCGUCCCCUCCACGCCCGUCUACCAGGCUGUGGCGCAGCACGACCUGCGGCCGGUCCAGCAACGGGAGUACCGAGGCCAACUUACCCCCACGGCGCCAGGCCGAUGGUUCGGUCGCACCAUGGACCGCAACGGUGACUGCUGUGUGCUCACCCAUCUGCCCUUAUACUUUGCGACGCAAGACUCGCCCUUUGUGACCGAGAAAACAAAAACAAUCUAUUUCGAGGUCAAACUGUUGGCUCUUCGCGCAGGUCCAGGUGGCGACGCGAGCGGCAUGGCAGUGGGCUUUGCCGCGCAGCCUUAUCCCUCCUGGCGCUCCCCCGGGUGGGAGCGCGGAAGUCUGGGAGUCUUUUCAGACGAUGGAUGUCGAUUCGUCAAUGACUCCUGGGGUGGGCGUGAUUUCACCGCCCCCUUUCGCGUCGGAGAGACCGUGGGGAUCGGGAUGACCAUGUCGCUACCGAAGGACCCCCUCAGGAUGGCGGAUGCAAUGUUCAGCACGAAGCGGACCUGUGCAGUAGAGGUGUUCUUCACACGAGAAGGCCGCAUGGCCGGAGGGUGGAAUCUGCAUGAGGAAGUCGACGCCGAUGCGGGAGGUGUCGAAGGUCUGGAGGGGGAUUUUGAUCUCUAUGGGGCGAUAGGUUUCUUUGGGGGGGUGGACUUUGAGGCGUGCUUUGAUCCGGCUGGCUGGCAAUGGAGGCCCACUGAGUAA